AUGGUCAACCAGACGAAUAGCUUCCUCAGCCUAUUGGCUCUCGCAGCCUUGGCCGAGGGAUACUGGCGCAUGUCGUGUAGCAUCAUACAGACUGGCCGAGUUGAUCCCAUCAUUGCCCCUGGAACCUUCUCAGCACACGUCCACAAGGUCUCUGGGGCCAGCAACAUCAAGAUUGACUCCACCUUUGACAGCCUUCAGGCCUCAAGGUGCACUUCCUGCGAGGUUCAGGACGACAAAUCGGCCUACUGGACACCCCAGCUCUUCUACCAGCACGCGAAUGGGAGCUUCCAGAUGGUCCCCAACGGCGGGACGGUGAUAUACUAUCUCGGGCGUGGAGAGAACAGGACAAACAUCGAGCCAUUCCCUCCAGGAUUCAAGAUGCUAUCUGGAGACAAUUUUGCUCGGUCAUAUGACUCGAAAACAAAAACAUACAGUAACUCAAGAUACUCGGGCCGCCCAGUUGCCGAUCGAGUCAGUUUCGCAUGCCUGGAUAGCUCAGGGCCUUCAAAGGAGCGUAACUAUAUGUGGAAGACAGAUUGCGACAACGGCAUGCGAGCACAGAUCCAUUUCCAAUCAUGUUGGAAUGGACAGGAUUACCAGUCUGAUCAAAGCCACGUCGCCUACAUGUCCUCAAUAGACAACGGUAUCUGCCCCCCGAGCCAUCCACGCCAGCUCCCACAUCUGUUCUUCGAGGUCAUCUAUGGAGUCAACAAUAUCGACAAAAGCAAAGGUGGCCGAUUCGUCUUUGCCAAUGGAGACACUACUGGCUAUGCGUUUCACGGCGACUUCCUAAACGGCUGGAAUCCGACUGUUCUUGCGACUGCUAUUAAAAAAUGCAUCAACAAUGAUAGCAUUGGAGGAGCCAUUUCUAAAUGUCCCAUCCUGGCCGCUUCACAAACACCAUACUUUAGUGACAAUUGUCCAGAGAUGGCCCCCCUGAUUAAUGAGCCCAUUCGAGGCAUGCUUGAUGCUCUUCCUGGGUGCAAUAAACCCUUCGGUGGCCCUGGCAGAGCGACACCGCCAGUAUGUGACGCCAAGCCAGCCAUCAACAACCUUGGAGACGCCGGCAUCGGAUCUAUCUUUGACCCUGCUAUCGGGGAUAAGGUUGGCUCCUGGUCUUAUGUUGGCUGCGCUCCUGAAGGCAGUCGCAGCAGAACAUUGAACAAGUUUGCUGUGGCAUCAGAUAGUAUGUCUAUCGAGUAUUGCACAUCGACCUGCAAAGCAAAGGGCUAUCCACUCGCUGGGAUGGAGAACGGCCGGGAGUGUUAUUGCGCGGGAUCGCUCACAUCAGGGGCCUCAUACACCAAGGCUUCAGCAUUAUGGAAUGAUACCUCAUACACACCGCCCGCAGAGCUCGUUGUCGGUCAGACUCAAAUCUCAAAAGGCAUCGCUACAUAUUAUGGAUGCUACGCUGAGGGCAACACUGGUAGAGCACUCUCAUCUGACAGCACGGCGGACACGACUGGCAUGACAAACGAAAAGUGCGUUGCGUUCUGUCAGGCUGGCGGCUAUAAAUAUGCCGGCACGGAAUACUCCCAGGAAUGCUACUGUGGCAACGAUAUUGUCAACGGAGGCUCCAACAUAACCGAUAUAUCUCAGUGUUCGAUGCAGUGCAAAGGGAACAUCUUCAGCUACUGUGGUGCAGGCAACCGAUUGAGUGUGUGGAAGAUCAAGCAACCCGAUCAACCAACUGGACCCAUCACGGCACUCGAUGGUGCUGCCGUAUGGAAAGGCUGCUACACGGAUGGAGGGUCAGGGGGGCGGACACUUCCUAGUGCCACCUUUACGGGCUCUGCCGUCUCUCUCGAUACCUGCUUUUCGUUCUGCAGCAAACUCAACUACCCCCUAUUUGGAAUGGAAUAUGGACGGGAAUGUUAUUGUGGUUACUCACCCAAGACGCAGGCUACUGUUGCACCAGAUGGCGACUGCAGAAUGCCGUGUGCGGGAAACUCCUCUCAGAAGUGUGGUGCCGGUAACCGCAUAUCCAUCUGGAACAACACACUUUAUACUCCCACGGUCAACCUCGAGGCCCUCAACACCCCACCAAAAUACCUUGGCUGCUAUACGGAAGGAAAAGGCGCCCGUGCCUUGGGAGGUGCUAAGACCACAAAUAAGAAGAUGACUCUCAGUGUCUGCUCAAACUUUUGUUCUAGCAAAGGAUUCACUUACCUGGGACUCGAGAACGGAGAGGACUGUUACUGCAGUGGGAAGGGCCCUUCUAAUGGUAGUGUUGAAGCUCCAGCAUCGCAGUGUAAUGUUGUCUGCAAGGGAAAUAAGUCCCAAAAGUGCGGUGCAAGUCUUCCGUGA